GCACCACCACCAAACAUAAUAUUCUUCUAAUUUCUAAAACCCUAAAAUAAUUAAUCCAAUCCUUUUAUUUGAAUCUCUUCAUUUCUUCUGCUUCUUACCGAUUCUCUCGUGAUUCUUUUUUUCUUAUCCUCUCUUACCACCAACCAACCAUGGCUUCCGCGAGCGCCACGUGGACUCCUACCUCCCUCCAGCUCCGUCUCGCUCUGAGCUCCGGCGUUCGCCGUAAAUCCAGCGCCGUCUACUUACGCCCCUCGCGGCUUGGUGGGAAAGUAGUCUGUUGCGUUUCGCAGAAGCCGGAAGUGGAGGCGUGGACUGGAUCGGAUUCGUCAAAUCCGCCGGCGGAUGGUUUGGCUGGGUGGGCGGAUUCCGGUAACGGUAACGGUAACGGCAACAAGUCUUCCAGAGCUAAGAAGAAGAAUUUGAUUGAAGGUGUUGUGGGGGUUGGAGUUGUUGGAAUCGUUUUUGUUGCUGCUAUAAGCUACACAGUUGCAUCUUUUAAGCGUAAUACUUCCAGACUCAAACCGGAAAUGCAGCCGUUGACUUCUUCUCAGCAUGAAAGCGUGCUUAUAUCAUCUGAUGAAACUCCUAGUGAUGAAGCAAAGGUAGCUAACAGUGAGGAAAACAAUCUUCAGGGCGAGGUUGAGAGUAUAGAAAACAAUGAUGUAGUUCAGCAAGGUGAUGAAGCGUCUGGUGAAGAUAACAUAUUGGGGACUGAGGAUUCGUCGUUUGAUGGUAUCGUAUCUGAUGGAACUGAUGCCACUGAAAAUAUCACUUCCGAAACUACGCCUGAAGUAGAGUUGAAGCUUCAUGUUCAGUCUGAUCCUGACACGCCAGAGAGUGAGAAUAUAAUUUCUGAAUCUAAUUCUCUGUUAGUUUCAUCCCCUGAGGCUAUAGAUUCCCAAAAGAGUGAUAUUACUGGAGCGGAAAAUCCAGAAGAACCUGAUAGCCUUCCAGACACUGAACCGACCAAUGUGUCUGAUUUAGAAACACAAGUCGACAGCGAGAAAGAAGAUUCCAUGUCUUCUUUACCUGACAGCGAUGCUUAUACAUCCACCGGGACUGUAGUUGUUGGCGUUUCUGUUGCUUCACAAUCAGAUUUGACUUCGGAUCCUCACACUGUGCCACUAAAUGCCACGGGGUCAGCAUUCUCGACUGUGACUGAGGAUCUUCCUGAGGUAAAUGGAACACCUGAGGACUUGCCUGCGGGAAUUAUGUCAUCAAUCUCGGACAUAGAUACAGCGAAAGAAGUUGAAUCUUCAGAAACUCUUGUGUCAGAAUCAACAUAUCUUAACAUGAAUAGUCAAGACGAACUUACCGACAACGGACAACUUCUGGAAACACCGAGUGGUGGAAGUGCAUUUUCUACAGCAGGAAUUCCUGCACCUUCUAUUUCUUUUCAAGUAAAUCCUGGAAAGAUUCUUGUCCCCGCCGCUGCAGAUCAGGUCCAGAGUCAAGCAUUUGCUGCUCUGCAAGUUCUGAAGGUCAUUGAAACUGACAUCCAACCCAGCGAUCUAUGUACUCGCAGAGAAUAUGCCAGGUGGCUGGUUUCUGCUAGCAGUGCAUUAUCAAGAAACACGACCUCAAAAGUGUAUCCUGCAAUGUAUAUAGAGAAUGUUACAGAGCUUGCUUUCGAUGAUAUUACUCCUGAAGACCCUGAUUUUUCAUCCAUUCAAGGUUUGGCAGAAGCUGGACUUAUCACAAGCAAGCUUUCUAACCGUGAUUUGCUUAACGAUGUCGAAGGCACCUUCUUGUUUUCCCCUGAAAGCCUUCUUUCACGCCAGGAUCUUAUCAGCUGGAAAAUGGCCUUGGAGAAACGACAACUUCCAGAAGCUGAUAAAAAGGUGCUGUAUGAACAGUCAGGCUUUAUUGACAUCGAUAGGAUAAACCCAGAUGCAUGGCCCGCCAUUAUUGCAGAUUUAUCUACCGGAGAACAAGGAAUCGCUGCCCUUGCAUUUGGUUGUACAAGAUUGUUUCAGCCUCAUAAACCCGUCACUAAAGCUCAAGCUGCCAUUGCUCUUUCCAAUGGUGAGGCUUCUGAAAUAGUCACUGAAGAACUGGCACGCAUAGAAGCAGAAUCAAUGGCUGAAAAGGCCGUGUCUGCACAUAACGCCCUGGUUGCAGAGGUCGAGAAGGAUGUGAAUGCCAGCUUCGAGAAAGAGCUUUCCAUGGAACGAGAAAAGAUUGAAGCAGUCGAGAAAAUGGCGGAACAGGUGAAACUGGAGUUGGAGCAGUUGAGGGAGAAGAGAGAGGAAGAGAAUCUGGUGUUGGUGAAAGAACGAGCUGCAGUUGACUCAGAAAUGGAGGUGCUCUCAAGGCUAAGACGUGAAGCUGAAGAGAAGCUGGAGGACUUGAUGAGCAACAAGGCGGAGAUAUCUUUUGAGAAGGAAAAAGUUUCCAAUCUUCGAAAAGAAGCUGAAGAAGAGAGCCAGCGGAUUUCGAAGUUGCAAUAUGAAUUGGAAGUAGAGCGUAAGGCUCUCUCCAUGGCCAGAUCAUGGGCCGAGGAGGAAGGAAAGAGAGCUAGCGAGCAAGCUAGAGCCUUAGAAGAGGCUAGAAAGCGAUGGGAAACAAACGGACUAAGAGUUAUUGUUGACAAAGACCUUCAAGAGAAUGUAGAGGCAGAACAAAGCGUAUUGCUAAACACCGUAGAGCAAUCUUCCAUUGAAGGAACCGAGGAGAGAGCCCAAACCCUUAUGGAUAAGCUGAAGGAGAUGGCGGAAUCAGUGGUUGGAAAAUCCCGGGAAGUGAUCUCCAUGGUGAUGGAGAAGAUACGUUUAUGGAUUGUGGUCUUGAAGGAAUACGCAGAGAACUUGGGGAAGCGAGCGGGUGAAAUGAGAGAGGCAGCCAUUGUUAGUGCGAAAGGAGCAGCAAAGGAGGUUGAGAAAGGGACGGUUCAGGUAGGCGACAAGGUGAAGAGAAUGGCUGAGGAGUGUAGAGAUGGCGUUGGGAAGAUCACUCAGAGGUUCAAGACCUAAGCGAGUUAUUGAACUUGCUUUUUUUUUUGGUUUCCUUAAAAUAAAAUAAAAAAAGAGAAUAAUGGGGGUGGCCAUUACAUUAUACAGUAUUGGUCAGUGAUGAUCAGAGAGUUCAAAACUGUAACAUUUUGUAAUCUUUGUUAUGUGCUUACUUACACUCUAGUGCAUUACAUCACAUUACAGUUGCC